UUCGUAUAAAAACAAUUCGUGUAAAAAGAGAAUCUUUUUCUUAUUAACUAGUGUUAAAUCAUAUUUCGCGUAAAAUCAAUUCCUGUAAAAGGAGUAUUAGAUGUAAUGUCCAUCCAUUAUGUUCUUUCUUUUAUAUGCAUACUAUCAGUUCAGUUGAGUUUUGUUUGUUUGUUUGUGUACGCGCAGAGCAGAAGAAUUUCUGGUGAUAAGCUACAAGUUUAUCUUAAAUUCACAAAACCGCGUCAAUAGAUUAGUCACCUUGCUUAUGUUUCAACUUGUCACCUCAUUUCAUAUAUCCAGCGAAAGUACAAUACAUAACAAAUUAUUGCAAACAACAGCUCCUCUAAAUUUUAUUUUUUGUCAACAUUAAGAAAGUGUUUUAAUAAAAUUUAUUUCAAGAAAUGGACUUUAUUUAUUACUUACUAUUUAUUGUUGUCGGAAUACUUGGUUUUUGUUUUGAGAACAGAAACCGAAAAAAGUGCGAUAAAAUAGUCAACACUUUAAGAAAGCAUUGCAAGCACUACAAAGUGCUCGGCUUUGAUUGCGAAGGUGUAAGCACAGAACGCAAUGCAGUCGCCUUAUUACAGUUGGCCUCACCUAACGGUUUUUGCGGCUUGUUUCGCUUAAGUGGCAUGAGCGAUAUACCGAAAAGUCUACAGACUCUAUUAGAAGACCAAGAAAUAAUAAAAGUUGGCGUCGAUGCUGCGCAAGAUGCUCAAAAAUUGCAAGAAGACUAUGGCAUUCAUGUGGCUAGUACCUUCGACGUACGACACCUGUCCGUUAUGAUUGGGUGUAGACCAUGGGGCUUGAAAAAAUUAUCGCAAUUGGUUUUAAACGUUAAUUUUACUAAGUACCGGAAUGAAGUUUCUUCGAACUGGGAAGCCGGGCAACUGAGUGAAGAACAAAUCAACUAUGCUGCUAAUGAUGCUUUCGCGAGUGUAGAGAUUUUUAAGCAUUUGGCUAAUCGACUAGUGCCCAGGGAUCGUUACAAUUUCACAAACGCUGACUUUAACGCAAUCAAGCCGCUAAUUAGACAGUACUUGGAUAACGGGUUUUCCGAGAAUAGAACAGUUGAUGUAUUGUUUGCCCUAACACCUUGCAGAGAGGAUUGGUUUCUUCAAGCACCAAAUGGUGAGCUUUUGUGUAACUUGUGUAGACACAAAGCCAUGUGGUAUUUGGAAGAAGGACUGGGAAAGGAAAUACGAUCAGAAGCAUUGACCAUACGUUUAUACGACCAUCCGUUUGCUGAAGAUAAUGGGUAUUGGCAGACCCCUAAUCAACAUGCAUGCGUUGUCUGCGGGCAAAAAGACGCUUUUGUUUGUAAAGGUGUGGUGCCGACCGAAUAUCGUAUGCAUUUUCCAUUGAUAACCCAGUUUUUUACUUCAAGCGACGUCCUGCAUUUAUGCCCCAAAUGUAACGUUUCAGAUAUUAUAUCCGAUAUUAGAAUACGUACUGCAUUGAGCCAAAAGUGCGAUGCUCCGUACAGCUUUGACCAGGUCACAGAAGUAAAAAGGGCUGCAGAAACACUCUUAACUGACGACAAUGCUAUAUCGACAGGAAAACGCAACCAUUUAAAAACUAUUUUGUCAACUCAUUUUGAAGAAGCCUACAUUGAUCACCAGAGGAUAGUUGAUGCGUCAAUUCAGUAUUCAGACUGGCCAGAGUACGAACACGGUGAAAGAGUUGUGAAUAAAUUUCAAACCGAAUUUGGAGGUUUACAGGAAUUGGAAAUACUUUUGAAGGAUCAUUUUGUUACGGAAUUGAAUCCGAAGUAUUUACCAUCUUUUUGGGAUUGGCCGAUAGAUUGGAAAUACAAGCCUGAAAAAAUAAUGCUGGUUUCCUUAAAAAAUUAAGCGGGAUCGUAAAAUUUACAAAAAUUCAUGAAGACAUAU